CUCAAACCCAACCAAUGCGCAUUGCUCGAACAAUUCUGGGCUCACAAUUUUUAUGUGCAGGGUGACUAUAAGGAUCCGGAAGGAUUUAUCAAACUGAAUACGUUCAUUGAAACCAAAUGGGGUCUGAACGUGAAUCGCAUCUUCUAUUUUGCCAUUCCUCCAACAAUAUACACCCACGUUUCGGACAACAUCUAUGCUCACUGUAUGCCUAAAAGCUUGGAAGUCUGGGCUCGUUUGAUUAUUGAAAAACCGUUCGGUCACGAUUUGGAAUCAUCGAACGCAUUGUCCACUCAUCUAUCCCAACGGUUCACGGAGCAACAGAUCUAUCGUAUCGAUCACUAUUUGGGCAAGGAAAUUGUUCAGAGUUUGAUCAUUUUGCGAUUUACCAACCAAAUUUUGGGCCCCGUUUGGAACAAGGAACACAUCGCGAAUGUGACUAUUUCGUUCAAGGAACCGUUUGGUACCGAGGGGCGGGGUGGCUAUUUCGAUCACUUUGGAAUUAUCCGUGACGUGGUCCAGAAUCAUUUGAUGCAAAUUCUCUCGUUGAUUGCCAUGGAACGACCUCGAUCCAUCCAGGCCGAUGAUAUACGGGAUGAAAAAGUGAGCCUACUGAUGUUUAUUUACCAAUCGGAUGGUCGUUUUGGUUUUGCGAGGAAUGAUGGACGAUAG